UACAGGUAUAUUUUUAGUUUUUUAAUAUGAUUUCAAAGUGUCCACAAUUGCUCGUCUAGUUUAGUGAAUUCAAAUUAUUAUACAGUGGUAGUUGAAAUUUUCAAAAUGGGCGUUAGGAAGUUGAACAUAAUUUUUGAUCAGCCAGAUAAGAUUUAUCAUCCAGGACAGACAGUAAGUGGUCAAGUGAAACUGGCGAUCGAUUCUGUUACGAGAAUUAAAGGAAUCAAACUUAAGCUCAAAGGGAAAGCCGAAUGUAAAUUUAUCAAAGCAUCCAUACCAGGAACUUACACUUACGAAGUUUACCUGAAAAAUAAACAAAUAUUGAUACAAACAGAAAAAGAUCAACAUCAUAAUUUACCAGAAGGCGAACACAUUUAUCCUUUUGCUGUAUCGUUACCUCCAAAAGUACCAUCUUCGUUUAGUGGUUCUUACGGAGGCAUCAUAUAUUACGGUAAAGCUGUAGUUGAAACCAUUUAUUCAGCGUUUAAUAAAAAACAAAAAACUGAAUUUACCGUAGUGAAUCCGUUGAAUUUAAAUUUCUAUUCGUUUUUAAGAACACCUUCUAGACAAGAAGAAAGUAAAAAAUUUAUGUCUCCGUAUCGGUCUACCAAUGGCUCUCUCAGUUUGGUAGUAAAUUUACCAAAAAAUGGGUACACUCCUUCGGAACCUAUUCCAAUUACUUUGGAGGUUAAUAAUUCCAGUGAUGUAGCAGUAAAUUCGAUUUAUAUUUACUUAAUUCAAAAUAUCCAAUGGAAAUUGGGCAGAAAAUUCACGUUGAAAAACGAGACCAAAAAACUACAAAAAAUACGUUUAAAUGGGGUAGCAAAACGACAAUCUCAUACAUUGAGUGAAAAUUUUCAAGUUCCAUCGAUCGCAUUCCCAUCAUUAAAAUGGUGUUCAAUCAUUGAAAUUUACCACAAUCUACACGUCAAAGCCAACACUUCAGGAAUGCAUUCAAACCUCGAUAUGCACAUUCCAAUCACAAUCGGUCACAUACCUUUGAGCGAAAGUAAAAUCACUACAGAUACUCAUUAUCGACCAUCAAUCAAAUCAGAAGAAAACGAUUCCGGAAUUUUUAUGUCUUUGGAAAAAAUAUCCAGGAAUCCUCUGCUUCCAAUUUUAUCUCAUUCGAAAUUUCGAUCACAUUCGGUGGAUCCUAAUCAUGUGCCGUUAUUCCUCAACAAAAACCAAACAGAUUCCCCUCAAAGUUCACGUUACUCUAAUACAUCUUUAUAAUGAUUCAAAAUGCAAUUUGAUAAUUAGAUGAUCUAUUAAUGUAAAUUCACAUUCAACUGGGCACUGUUAAGAAGGUACAUGGAGAAAAUGGUUUUGAAUGCACGUUUGUACAAAAUUGUAAAUUAAUUACCCGCCUACAAAACAAUGCAAAUUGAUGAUUUAUUUUAUUUUUAUUUAUUAACGUAGAAAAGAAAUGUGAAAAUUGUAAAUUGUUCGUACCUUGUAUCAGAAUAAAAUAAAAAACUUCCCAAUCAAAAUGUUCACAUUUUUUAAAAAACCGCUGUGAGGUGUCAAUUGCCAUUUCAUCAAUAAUUAUCAUCUCAAGGAAACUCAGUCUUCCCUCUUCCUGUCAGUU